ACAUCAAUUAUCUCCUAGGUGCUGUUCAGGAAGUGGCUUAUAUUCACUCAAACCAGCAUGUGAUAGGAUCCAGCAAAGCUGAGAAUCAUAUGAGCCGGUGGGCAGCGCGUGAUGUGUUUGAGUUGAAGCAGUUUUCCCAGCUUCCUGCUAACAUAGCUAUUUGCAGUUCUGAGAGAGUGCACUUCUGGUUUAAAGAAAUAAGAAAGAGUAUUCAAUAUCAAAGGUCAUUUGAAUGUUGUAUCCCACUGGGCUACCUGAGGAAGGGAACUUUCCUGCAAUAUCCAGUGUGAACCGAAAGCUUCACAGCCAGAGACAUAUGAAGAAAAAGCGAACCCAGCUACAGUGACACACACGAGGACAGACCAGCCACCGAGUGAAGGACCCGUUUCCUCUCCCCUGUGCGUUUCACACCCUGUAAGUCAGAAGAAGAAAAAAGUCUACCGUACAGACCAGACGACCUUCAUAAUCGGAGAAACACCAAAAGGAAUCCGCAGAAAACAAUUUGAAGAAAUGGCUUCUUUCUUUAACCUGUCUUCUGUAAAGGAAUUCGCUAUACAUAUAACUAACACCACUUCAGAAGAACGACAGAGAAUGCUAAGAGACUUUUAUGCUUCUCAGCAUCCGGAGGUGAAAGAAUUUUUUGUGGAUUCUGCUUCAGAAUUCAUCAAAUCUGCCCACAAGGAAGGAGAGAGUACCAGAAAUAAAUAUAAAGAAAGAAACUCUUUUAUAAAAAGAAAACCAUCACAUUCUAAAAGUUUGUCCUUUAGAGAUUGUACCAACCAAAUUUCUCAAAUUUGCAGUCCAAAAGCAUCUAAAGGAAAAUCAGUUAAGUUUCAGAGUGACAGUGCAUGUCAGGAAGAGGCACUUUCCAGUGAUGCAGAAACUGCAAAAUCACCAAUUAGCUCUGCUCACGAGAUUGACAGUGGGGACGAUGGGCGAGCCUCCAGAGACCCGGCGGCCUCCCGCUCUCCCAAGGGCAAGUCAGAGGCACAGGAGAGGCAGCUGGAAAAUACCAAGCAAGUCCCAAAGGACCUCACAGGGACGGGCACCUCAAGAAACAGACCCCUUUGCAAGUCAGAAGACAAAAAGGUAGAAAAUCCAGAGUUUGGAAAUGCUUCUGUGGAAGGCUUGCUUGGUGACACCUCUAUUCUCGAUGACCUCUUUAAAAGUCACGGGAACGAUCCCACACGACUGCCAAAGAAGGUUCUUUCAAGACCCAUGGAAAAAGCAAAACAGAGACCAAAAGACUUCUGGGACAUCUUGAAUGAGCAGAAUGAGGACAGUCUCAGUAAACUCACCGACGUAGCAGUUAUAGAGACCCUGUGUGCAAAAGUACCCCUUGCCGUACACUGCAAAAGGAAGGAAGGACAGGAAACUUCCCUCUGGAAACCCAAUGAGAAGUUUCUGUGGAAAACAUUGAACUCCAGUGAUACAGAGGAGAACACAGCCAACACACACAGAGAGUGACACACAAGUGUGUGAAUGAAUCAGUACACCAGUGAGCUGCCGCCGUCAGUGUCAUCAGCACUGUGUCCACACUGAUGAUACUGUCCCAACACAGUGGUCGGCUUAUAUUUUUAUUAAAUUCUUAUUUUAGGGUCUGUUAGUUUUAGAUGUCGUGAUUUGCUUUCCUUGAUAUGUGACUUGAUCUUUUGGCUUUAGUUUUGAUUUGGGCACUGGGGACUGAACACAGGGCCUCUCCACCACCAAGCCAUGUCCCCAGUUCUGUUUGUUUGUUUGUUUUGAGACAGGAUCUUGCUGAAUUGCUGAGUUUGGCCUCAAAUUUUCAGUCCUCCUGCCUUAGCCUUCCAAGUUGCAGGGAUUACAAGCAUGCACCACUGUUCCCAGCUCAUAUCUGGCUUGAUCUUUCAAAAAAUAUGAUUAUAUUAUAGUAUAAACAUUAUGAAAUGAAAAAGAUUCUAGAUUUGUUAUCAGAAGACCUUCUGUAACUUUAGAUAAGUCACUUUCCCUGGUGUACAUUCAUUUCCUAACAUGAAAGAUUCAGGGUUUGAAUCUUUCAAGAAUAUCAAUCAACACAAAUAUCCUUUCAGUUUGAAAAACCAAUUCACUCUCCAAAGUGCCUUUUAGUCGUAGGUCAAAUCAUGCCCCCACAUCAGGAGGGCUACCCUGAUGUGUUUCUUUCUUACAAGCAUCUGGAAAAUCGUUAAGUGCUUUCCUUUUCCCUUGGUAUCAUGUACUAUUAUUUAAUAAUUAUUUAAUGAUUGUUUCAGAUGAAAUUAGUACUAAAUGUAUAGUAUUGUGUUAAAAUGCUAAUUUUAAAAAUGCUUGAAAUCAAAGGUAAAUGUUGGAUGGUUAUAUGAGAUAGGAUGCUAGAGUAAUAAUAGGAUUGCUAGGUACCAACACUCAACUUUUUAUAAAACUAUUAGGAUUUAAUUAAUAUAAAUAAAGUUUUGCAUAGUGCUUUUAUUUAUUUAAGAAGGAAGAAAUGAAUAAAUAUGUGAUUUUAUUUGAAGCUGGGCCAUUUUGUGGAAUUGAAUUUAAAUGGCUUAUACCCAACCUGAAAAGGGCUCCUUGUUGAAUUUACUUGUUUAGGAACAUUCCUUCCGCCACUGUGUUCUGAGCUGGGAGCUUGAGCCCCAGAGGUCAGGCACAACUACUGGUAAAAGCAAAGAGGUCCUGUCUAUAAAGAAUCAUGUGUGCAGAGCCCCAGCAUCAGGCCCGGGCCCGGGGCAGGCAGGGGCCUGGGGGAGGCAGGGACUCCGUUAUACUUGCCAGCUGCAUUAGGAGGCAGUGUCCAUCCAGAAAGCAGAGUGAACCAGGUUGUACUCAGACAUCACUGUUAGGAAAAGGGCCUUGGGAGUACCAGGGAUGGGGAGCUGUUGCUCAGAAGUGGAGAAAAAAAAAAAAAAAAGAAAAGCAGAAUCUUUUCUCAAGGCACUGAAUGGCCAGGUGUGCCCUGGAGCAAAAUAUUGCCCUCAACAUGGCGGAGCAGGCAGACACCUCACGACCAGAAAGGGGAAAAAAGAGGAGGGGAUUGGGGCCCACAGUCCCCUUCAAGGGUGCAUUCCCAGUGACCUAAAGACCUCCCACUGAGUCUCACCUCCGAAAGACCCCACGACUUCUCAGCAGCACCUUGGGGAGCAAGCCUUUGCCACGGGGACCUUUGUGGGGACGCUUAAGACCGAAGGCUCAACCGCAGGAGUCCUCCAGCCCUACCCACGGUGUGUGUCACCAGCUGAAUGGGUGGCCUCAGGAAAAUGUGCUGCUUUCAAUCUUCAUCUUUCCACUAAAUUAGAGAUGGAUUAAAUUGUUGGUAUUCAGCUUUUUUUUUUUUUUAAGCAAAUGAACUUUAUCAGAAGCUCUGUGAUUAAAACAAUUCAAGUCAGGUCUGCAGGGCCAGCAGCACUGCUGGGCUCUGAGGAGCAGGAGGCUAGUGUGAAAACCACAGGGAUGGAUGAGAUCAUGGCUAAGGAACCUUCCAACUCCAAGUUUCCAUGGUUCUGUUUGCCACAGUCUGUCUUUUUUACUUCUUUUGAAAGCAAUGACGGUUUCUGGCAGCCAGCAUUUACCACACAGCUCUGAACAGUGGAAACUGAGGCAGGGUACAGACACUUCAGCCUUUGAAUUCCUCGGUGUUCCCUUAAAAUCCCUGAGACCACUUCUUCAAGGAAAUUGAUAACAUCUGCAAUUGGUACAGCUGUCCUAAAAUAUUCAAGGCAGAGGAGCCUCAGUCCUCAGAGACAAGUUGGCGAUACACUUUCCUUGUGUCUAGAGAGAAGGAGGAAGCCACAAGCAAUACAGAGUUGUUCUUCCAAAUUCAGGGGUGGAGUUUCCAGACUCAAGGUAUCCUUCCUUCUGAUGUUAAAACAACCCUCCUUAUGAAAUGGUGAUAGGAGAGCAUAGUUUUUAGAAUUUUUAUUGUCCUUACUUCAUAUAAAAGCUGGUAACCAUAUGUCAAUCCCAAAAGUUUUAUUUGACAUUUACUGGUCUAUAAAAUCCCAAAGAAUGGAGAUCACAGCCUGCCUUCAAAGUCAUUUUUAAUAUACAAGCAAACGAGCUCCAUCAGUUAGGAUGUCACAAAUCCAGUUAAAAAUGGAUGUGUGGGACUCUGCAGCAGUGUCACUGAACCCGCAGGUCCUACGAGGUGCACAAAGAACCUCAAAGAACCCUGGGGGCAGGUGCAGGUCUCUGUCCCAGCUCCUCGCCUACCUCUGUGAUCACCACAAAAGUGACCUUGUCCACCUCCCACCUGCUCUGCAAAGCUCCUUCCAUCUGGUGCUCUUGGGAAUUCUGACAGGACGGUUCAUAAGCCACUUCCCACUGGGUGACUGCCCAGUGCACAGGGCCUGUUCAUGACUGGUGGGAAGAACAUCUCACUUCUCCCUUGUUCAAGGGCAACACGAAGGCUGUCUUGCCUCCUAUGGAUUCACAGAGUUUCACAAAUCAAAACAGCCCCUCUUGACAUUUACCUUCCCAGAGGAGGAAAGAGGCACAUUGACUUUUCCUUCCAUGGUCCCAGGCUGUGCUGUCCCCAGCCCUCGGCUGUCAAGUCAGAAGCACCUGCAGAGGCUCGACAGUGCACAGACACCAGGUCCCCCCUCAGAAGACUGCUGCAGGGGUCUAGAGCUGGGCACUGGCGCCCUUGUGGCUUUCAGCUUUCACAGUCACUCUGACAUGCCGGUGCUCAGCCUGAUGUUUGUUCCUGAGCAGGGCUCACCUGCUGGCCUUCUGUUCACCUGAGAAUCACCAUCUCCAGAGAGGCACUUCAGCAGCUCCCCGACCCUACCUCCUUCCACACGACCCCACCCAUGCCACCUCCAACCCUGUGGAAAUCCAGUGACACGGGGCCAAGUUCAUGAUGGAGCCUACUCUCUACUUUGUUUGAAAGCCCAGAGUCAUCGUUCCUAUAGAGAUGUCCACACACAGCUGUGUACACAUGUUCAAGACAGCAUGAUUCACAGCAACCAAAACAGGGGAGCAACCCAAGUGUCCAUAGAUGGGUGAACAGAUGUGCAAAAUAAAGCAUGUGUGUGUUACAUGAUCCAGCUUUCAAAAAGAAGGAAAUUCUGACGCAUGCUAUGACACAGAUGAACCUUGAGGACCUUAGGCUAAAUGAAAUAAGACACAGAAGAACAAAUAUCAUAUGAUCCCACUUACAUGAGUUAGCAGAGAGAACGCAGACCGGGGGUUGCCAGGAAAUGGAGGGAGGGUGCAGAUGGGUGUGGAGUUUCAGUUUUCAAGUCCUAGAAAUAAAUAGUGGUGAUGGUUGCACAAUAAUCUGAUUGUAUUUAAUACCAUUAAUGGUACAGUGUGCUUAAAAAUGGAUAAGAUGGUAAAUUGUGUUAUAUAUAUUUUGCAACUUAAAAAUGGGGGGAAAGAUAAAGAUAUAGCCAAAAGCAACUCACUCAAUGUUCCAUACCAGAUUUUAAAUAUGUGAGAUUGACUUUCUAUCAAUUUCAUUUAUAUAUUUGGAAUUACAACAUAAAUUGCAGUUUUGGUUUUUACAUUGCAAUUCCAUAUGACAUUUUUUAAAGCUUCCCUUGUUUUAAAAAUUUUGGAAAAUAAAAUUUAUAGUAUUAUUUUU